AUGGCUCCCUCGGCGACGAACGAGCAGCCCGUCGCGGCAGCGCAACCGGAGGAGAAGACGUACCCUCCAGCCAAGAUCUAUCCCGUCAAGGAGACGCGCUUCGAAAAGUUUAUCGCUCCAGAUAGCGAAGGGCACAAGAAGGCCCUUCAGCAGAAUGGCAACGCAGCGAUUGUCAUUGACAAUGGGUCCUCCGCCGUUCGCGCUGGAUGGUCGUUUGAAGAUGCGCCGCGCUUCAGCAUACCUCCGAUCAUGGCCAAAUAUCGCGAUCGCAAGAUUGGCAAAACCUUUUCCUUUGCCGGCGCCGACUGCUUCGCCGAUACGACUGCCAGAGGCCACAUCCGCAACGCCUUUGAGCAAGGAACCGGAAUCGUCAGCAAUUGGGACGUAAUGGAACAUGUUCUUGACUACAUCUUCCUGAAGCUCGGCAUGAACGACUCCGAUGGAGGCAUUGAUGUGCCCGUCGUUAUGACCGAAGCUGUCGCUAACCUGCCCUACUCGCGGAAGUCAAUGACGGAAAUCAUUUUCGAAUGCUACGGUGCGCCUUCGCUAGCUUACGGCAUCGACUCUCUCUUUUCGUUCCGACACAACCAAGGAAAGACCGGCCUUGUCGUAUCAUCGUCUUACACCUCCACACAUAUCAUACCCGUUUAUAACUCGAAAGCUUUGCUUGGCCAAGCUACACGACUAAAUUGGGGAGGGUAUCAUUGUUCCGAAUAUCUCCUCAAGUUGAUCCGUCUCAAAUACCCUGCUUUUGCCGGCAAGCUCAAUGUUUCUCAGGCAGAGCACAUGGUUCAGGAUCAUUGCUACGUGUCUGACUCGUAUGAGGACGAGAUCAAGGGCUAUUUGGACUGGAGUGGCCUCGAAGACCGCGAUAUUGUCAUUCAGUACCCAUUCACAGAGGAAGUCGUCGUGAAAAAGUCGGAAGAGGAAUUGGCGCGCAUAGCGGAGCGCAAAAAGGAGAGUGGCCGUCGAUUACAGGAACAGGCUGCCAAGAUGCGCUUGGAAAAGCUAAUGAAGAAGGAGCAGGAUCUGGAGUAUUACAAGAGUCUACAGGAGCAAAUUACUAACGAAACAAAGAAGGAAACGAGGCGGCUUUUAGAUAGCAACGAGAUCAAGGAUGAAGCGCAGCUCGAAAAGAUGAUCAAGGAACUGGACAAGGCCAUCAGGAAAGCAAGAAUAAAGGAUGUUGGUGGCGAUCCCGAGGAGGAGGAGGAGGAGCCCAACUUUGAUCUGCUCGACAUUCCAGAUGACCAGCUCGACGAAGCGCGACUCAAGCAGAAGCGACAGCAGCGACUGCUCAAGUCCAACCACGACGCUCGCGCCCGCGCCAAGGCGGAGAAGGAAGCCGAAAAGGCCCGGAUCGAAGAAGAGGAGCGCCUGGACAGGGAGCGCCGCGAGAACAAUCUGGAGGGGUGGCUGGAGGAGAAGCGCCAGGCACGGCUGGAGGCUUUGCAAAAGAUCAAGGAGCGCGACCGUCUGAAGCAGGAUCUGGGCAACCGCAAGUCGCUGGCGUCGCAGAUCCGCAUGAAGAGCAUCGCCAACUUGGCGUCGGACACGCCGACCAAGAAGCGGCGCCGCGGGGGCGACGACGACAACUUUGGCGCCGACGACGAUGACUGGGGCGUGUACCGGCAAAUCACCGUGGGCGACAACAGCGACGACGAGCACGAGGAGGAGGACCUCAACUCGAGCCUGCGGACCCUCGAGCAGGAGCUGCUCCGGUACGACCCGGCAUUCACGUACGAGCACACGCAGGAGGCGCAGUCGGACUGGUCCCGCUCGCUGUUACACGCGUUUGCGCGCGGUCCGCGCCCGUUUGACGCGGGCUCGCAGGCCCAACUCAACCAGAUCCAUCUCAACGUCGAGCGCAUCCGCGUGCCCGAGGUCGUCUUCCGCCCGUCCAUUGCCGGCGUCGAUCAGUCGGGCGUCGUCGAGAUUGCCGGCGACGUGCUGAACCAGCGCCUCGCGGGUCUGCACGGCGGCGACGUUGACGAGUUUCUCAAGGACGUCUUCCUGACCGGCGGCAACACGCUGUUUCGCAACUUUGACCAGCGCAUGCGCGACGGCCUGAGGGCUCUGCUGCCCGCUGACGCGCCGCUGCGGGUGCGCCGCGCGCAGGAUCCGCUGCUCGACGCCUGGAAGGGCGCCGCCGGCUGGACGGGCACGCCGCAGUGGAAGCAGGCGACAGUGUCGCGGGCAGAGUAUCUCGAAAAGGGCGCCGAUUACAUCAAGGAACACGAUAUGGGCAACUCGUACGCGUAA